ACUAAGCGCUCGCUCCUUGGAGGAGCAUUCCUUGCUCUUGGGAAAUGGGAAAUAUAGUUCUUUGUGUUUUGUUGUUCGGUUUUGUACUGCCGACUCUGAGCGACAAGCAUUCCCUGUAUUACAUCUACACGGCCCUCUCCAAGCCUAUCACUCUGCCCGGGAUCUAUGAGUUCACUGCUCUGGGUCUGCUAGAUGACAGGAAGCUUGAUUACUUCAACAGCCAGAACCAGACUAAGGUUCCUAUGCAGGACUGGAUGAGAGAGAAGAUGCAGGCAGAUUACUGGGACAAAGGCACCCAGUCCCGCAGGAGCAAACAGCAGUGGUUUAAGGUCAAUGUGGACAUUCUGACGAAGCGCAUGAAUCACAGCAAGUCUGACCUUCAUGUUCUGCAAUGGAGGCAUGGCUGUGAGAUUAAAGAAGACUCGGGUAGAAUACAAUUUCUGAAAGGUAUAGAUGAGUACAGCUAUGAUGGCCAAGAGUUCCUCUCCUUCGACAGUUCAAACAGUCGCUGGAUCGCUCCGGUACAAGCUGCUGAACCUACCAAAAGGAAAUGGGAUGAUGUGUCCAUCCUGAACCAGUACACCAAGGGUUACCUGGAGAAAGAGUGUGUGGACUGGCUCACCAAGUUCAUGGAUUAUGGAAAGGAAUCACUGAGAAAACACACUCCACCGGCUGUUUAUGCAUUUGCGAAGAAAUCUGUGACUGACUCCAACAAACUGACCCUGACCUGCCUGGCUACAGGCUUCUACCCUAAAGAUGUGACGAUGAAUGUGAGGAAGUAUCGCACCUCCCUGCCUGAAGAUCUGCUAACGUCUUCAGGAGUCAGACCCAAUGAUGAUGACACCUACCAGCUGAGGAAGAGUGUGGACAUCCUGGAGAGUGAAAAAGCAGAUUAUGACUGUUAUGUCCGCCACAGCAGUCUCAUAGAUCCAGUAAUUACCAAAUGGGAUGGAAAAUGUAAUGACUGUUCAGGAGAGAAAAUCCAGAGUGCUAUUAUUGGAGGAAUGGUUGGAGUUUUGCUCACACUGGCUGUGGUUGGUGUGAUCAUCUGUAUCCUUAAAUGUAGAAACAAAAAUGGGUCCAAAGCUCCUCAUCGAUAUCAGCCACCAAAUGAUGGUUCUAAAGGUCCUGUGCUUACCGAUUCUGACUCUGGAAAGGGAAGCAGUGGCAGCUCUCCCAGUGGCAGCGCUGGUGGAUCGCCCAGUGGCAGCGCUGGUGGAUCUCCCAGUGGCAGCGCUGGUGGAUCUCCCAGUGGCAGCGCUGGUGGAUCGCCCAGUGGCAGCGCUGAAAUUAUUACAUCAAACUCAUUCUGCACCUGACUCUGUUAGGUUAAUAUUUAUCCUGGGUAACAGUAUGAACUCAAUUUCCUAUAAAACUGUUUAGAAUAUUUUAAUCUCAAAUUUCAAUGAUGGUACACUGUUCUGUCGGUAAAUCACUAUUAAUGAUGAUGUAUAUUAAUUAUAAUGUACAUUUUGCAAAGCAUUGUAUAAGGUUCUUAGGACAGUUAAAGGGUUAGGGAAAUGUGGCCCAUCUGAAUCAGGCAGUGUAACGCAUGGAGGCUAAGCAGGAUGCAGGGACCAGUCGCGUGAAACAGAAUGACACGUUUAUUAAGACACGAAACAAAGACGACUUAGCACAUUGACUGACGUAAGGUUAAACACCAACAUAUUGUUUACUUUUUAUUUCAUAUUUCAUAGUUUUUAUAUAUGCGUAAAUGAGGAACAUAACACAUGGGGGGAGGCUUGGCCACACACACGCACGCAGGGAGACAUCUAGGAAGAAACGGUUGUAACGUGACAGGCACAGAAUGUUUAAAUUAGAUUUAAUCUUAUUUUAAUUUAUAUGAAAACUGACUUUUUGCACACAUAAAACAAACUAAUGAAAAUAACCUCACCACUUACCUUAGGUUACUCAGCUCAACUAUGGCAGAAGAAUCACUAUCAUUAUAGACGGUAUAUUGUAGAUGUUUUUAGUCUUUGUGUAAAGAAACAGUGGUGGAUUAAAAGUUUAAUAAUGCUUUGGUUCCUGUAUUUCAGAUGGACUUCAAAUGGAAGUGUGACUUUCUAUCAGUUUGCAGUCCAACUGAAAAUCUGUCUGGAUUCCUUCUAUCCUCUGAUGUGUUGUUUACAGUGUGGAUUCCUGAAUAAAGACCCACACUAGAAACUAUUAGGGCAACGCAAUGCAUAAGUUAGUGAAAAAGUGUUUAGAAAUAUCAAUGAAUGAUUACCUAUGUCGAAUCUUUAAUGGGGCUACUUUUGUGGAGGAAAAGUUUAAUAUUUUUGAAUGUCAGAUGCAAAUAUAAAUAUGUAAACAAGGUGGAAGUCUGUGAAACUUGCAGUAAUUACAUCACAUUAUGCACUGUAAUGGUUUUAAUUACCUCUCCACAGUAUGACUAUAAGAUAUUUGUAUGUCUUUAUGGUUUGAAGGCGUCUCUACUCUUCACUGUUUUUCUGAUUUGAAACAUGGAAUAUUUUUAGGAAGUCUUAAUAUGCCUUAUAUGACUAAAUACCAAAUAUGUUAAAUAGAAAGGACGGAUAUGUUUAGAUGAGCCUAUUCUAAUAUGUAAUGUAUUAUAGUGAUUAAGUGACCGUGUCAAACAAAAAGAAAGAAAUAAAGAAUCAGUAUUUUUUA